CUCAGAAAGGCGGCGGACUCCGACAGAGUGGAAGGUAACUGUAAAUACUCCAUUUUAACUCCUGAAAUCGCGGCAUAUUCUCCAAGCGUAUAUCUCUUAAGAAGGCACCAUGGUUCGGGGAAUUUUGAAGAAGUUUCGUAGCAGAAAGAAUGCAUGUCUUCGGAUCCUUGUAAUCACGGUGGGCUUUAUGGGAAUGGUGAUAUGGGCUCUGGUGAUGGGUCUGCUCCUGCGGCCCAAUCUGGAAGCGUCCGACGACCGGUCCUGGGGCUACGUGUCCGUCCCGCAGCUGCUGCUCAACCUCGGCUACAUCUUGUGCACUUCGGUCAUCAUCUACAGCGUCAAGUCAAAGACCUUCCCCUCAGCACACGACCUGGAGAGCGUGCGCGCGAACGUGGCUUGGUUGGUUGGCCUGGUGUGCGUCGGAACGGCAGAGUGCAUCGCCCUCUUCUUCCUGCCCGAGUUUGCUGACGAUCGCGAUGGGAGUCGAGGCAUGAAUAACCGCAUUACCGUGCUGUGCAGUUUAAGCUUUAUCUGGGCCAUAUUCGUAGCGGCCGCGGCGUGGGGUCUGCAUCAGAGGUUUUACACGGUGAUGAUGCGCAGGAUGUCCGUGAUCGAACUAGCAAAGCAAGCAAAGCCGUAUCCGACGAAAGAUGCUCACUCCGCUGUGUUCGACUCUUCCCGUGUCCACAUCACCCCUCUGGUCCACGGGCCGCCUCCCAUCAUCAUCAACACGGACGCAAGCGUUUCUCCCAAAGCCUACUCCCCCGCAGACACACGCACUCCAAGUCGGAGUCCGCACUCACACGUCAUUCCUUAUCCUCCGAAUAUAUCCCCCACGCACACCCCCCUGCCGACCCCGACGGGCCUCGAUUCCAGCAGGCCUUCUGGCCAGCCCUUCCCUUCGCCUCAGAACCCAGGCCAGGUGGGGGCUCUUUCUCCCAGCACGAACCGCGGGGCCCCACCACUACCCUACGGCUUCCACUCCCCCUGUUAAGGCUGUUUCACGGCCCCCUCCUAACGGCCAGCCGAGUUCUGUUUUUUAAUUACGUUUUUAUCAAAGUUUGUAAGAUUUA